AUGGGAUUCAACACUCGUAUGAGCUAUUCUGACGUGAAGACCUUCCGAAGCCACCCAGGUGCUGACGAGUAUAGAAGGUACCACCGAUGGGCACUGGAAACAUCCGCAACUUCCUCUACAAUUCAUGAGAUCUUCGACUCCUAUAAUCAACCGAUCACGAAUACCAUUUUUGUGGGCCACACGGGGAAGCGUUUCUGGCUUGCGGAGCCAUUAAGAUUCACCGAACCGCUGCGGAGAAGAAUCCUUAUUCUGGAUGCUGAAAGCCGGAAGCUCGAUGGACAAAAGGGGGUUCUGAGCAAGGCACCCCUCAACGCAGAUGAGCUGCCACAUGACACAGGCGGCAGACUGAAUCAUUUCAUGUAUGCGAAAAUCCAUGGGUACGACUACCGGUUGGCAAUCAUGCCUAGAAAUGACGGUCGGUUUGGGACGUGGUCAAAGGUUACUGCGAUCAAGGAGGCCCUACACCAUUACGAUUUCGUUGUCUUCCUGGAUGCCGACGCAAUGAUCUUGUACCCAAAUCUGCCAAUGGAAUGGCUGUUCAACUACUGGGACAUCACGGAAAACAAUCUCGUUGCUUUGGCGCUUGACCCAGACGCGCCUCAUAACCGUGAUUGGAAUGGCCGUACAAUGCUGAACACCGGGUUCAUGAUAGCCCAACGAAGUCCUCGCACCCACGAGCUAUUUGAAGCGUGGGAGUCUUGUCCAAGCGAAACGCGCUAUCCCGGGUGUUCAAUAUACGGUCGGGAGUGGGCACAUGAACAAUCUGCAUUUGGAAAUCAUGUUCGGUAUGACUUUAAUAGAUCGGAUGAUAUUAAAGUCUUGCCUUGCGCCGAGGCCAAUGGGUGCCCUCAAGUUGCGACUACAGGAUGUGUUGGGGAGUUGAUCAGACAUUAUUGGGGUGAUAAGAAGGCAUUGACGGCAGCUGCAGGGGAUGCUGUAUUGCAGUACUUCCUGCCCAAGCUACAUGAGCUUUUCUACGAGAAUCGUGGUACACUGGUCAUCAAUAGAACCGAGCGCGGAUUCACCUGA